GUGUAAAAUGCUCAUCCUCCAUCCACCCACAGCUCUGUAUUCACACAGUAUGGGUGGUGCUCAGCCGGAAACAGACGGUAACACGCGCCUCCCUGGAGCUGCCGUCACCAUUGUCAGCGAGGUACCUACCUCGAGCAAGGGGUAGAUGCUCAAGGUCUCAAGGUCUCGAGGUCUCAAGGUACCGACCUGGAGCUGGAGGCGCGGCGGGGACGGCGGCGGACGGAUUAUGUACAGCAGAACAGGAGACUGUGUAGCUGGACAGAAGUGCAGCCUAGCCACAGCAAAAGUGUGGGCCUGCGCAUUCCCACCGCCGGAGGACCCACUUGUGCUUCGGAGGCGCAGCAGGCUUUUUCGUCUAACUGCCCCCUCUGUUCCUGCCUCGAUAUUCUCAGCCUCUCUGCUGCCUCAUCCACACUCGACCCUGCAGACACCCAGGCCUGCACCUCGCGGAACCCCCGGACGGCGCGGAGACUCCCAAAUCCUGCAAAUUGCACAGGCCCGGCCAUCGCUGGCCUCGUGGCAUCCCCGUGAACCCCGCUGCAUCAACCCCGUCUCGAGAGCGUGCUCGCCAUCGGCAAGCGCAUUGCACACUGGCUCCGUUCCGUCACGACUCUCGCCACGGCUCCAGCCACAUCCCCAUCUGUCCGUCGCCGAACGAUGCGAAUCGCGCGGCGACGGGUCCAAGGAGCCUGACUGUAGUGCCCGUUGCCUGCUGCUGCUGCGCGCCAUAGCCUGUCUGCUACAGCCCUCCGCGAUCAAUCCCAAUCGCGUCACGGCACCGCGCUACCGCCAUGGCUUCAGAAAAGGGCCCCGUCGCGAUGGAAGCCCCCUUGGCGACCCCUCCGGCGACCCAGUCUGCCGCCGCUGCCGCCGCCGCUGCUGCAAUAAGCGCCGCCGACCUCUUCGCGUCCGAAGCCCCGCGGCCAGGCUCGCUCAAGAGGCCGCGCGAGGCCACACCGACCUCGCCUCCUUCCGCCGCCGCCGUCGUCGCCAACCCCGACCUCUCGCCGUCCAAGGUCCAGCGGCUCGGGCUGGCGUCAAGACAUUCCCCCGCGCCGCUGACCGGCGCCCUGGCCGACGAGGAGGAGCGCAUUCGCAAAGCCGAGGAGGCCAGGCAGGCGGCUGGCAUCAGCGACAAUCCGAGCCAUAGGGUGCUGGACGUCCUCAUGUCGGCCACUAUGGCCAUGAGCCGUGCGCAGGAUGUCCCCGACGCGCCCGCACCCGCGGCCGCCCCGCCAACGUCGCCCGGCUUGAUCAACAGUAAACCAACCACCGAGGUCGUCGCGCCGGCGCCUCAGGCGCUCCCGAAGCCAGAGCCCCCGACCGAAGCGAGCGCGGGUGCCCUGCCGACGAGCCAGCCCCUGGACGGCACUACGGCACAAGUCGUCGACAGCCCUGCUCCCAUGGAUAUCGAUCAGCGGAACGACCAACCUCAGGGCAGCUUCAUCGCCCAGCCCGACGCCCAGACGCAGGACAAGAACACGGCCUACUCAUACCCCGGCAUCCUGCCACCCAACGUUUCCAUGGGCGCGCCAGCGCCUCCGCAACGCGGCAUGAGCCUUCCGAUGACGUCGUCUCAGCAUCCUGAUGCCGUGCCGCGCUCGCCCUCAUCCAAGAAGCACAAGUGCCCUUGCUGCGACACGGUCUUCACUCGCCACCACAACCUCAAGAGCCAUCUCCUCACGCACAGCCAGGAGAAGCCAUACGCCUGCGACACAUGUCAGAUGCGCUUCCGCCGCCUGCACGACCUGAAGCGGCACAGCAAGCUGCAUACUGGUGAGAAGCCGCACAUCUGCCCCAAAUGCGACCGCAAGUUUGCGCGCGGCGACGCCCUGGCUCGCCACGCCAAGGGAGCCGGUGGCUGCGCCGGCCGGCGCGCCAGCAUGGGCAGCUUCGGCGCCGAGGAAUACGACGAAUCGGCAGUCCCCGAGGGCGACGACAGCGUAAUGUCGGGCGUCUUGUACGACACGGGCGAGGCGGACAUGACAGAGGAGGACCGGAGGCGCCUCAGCCUGUCGGCCGGAGUCAAAGCCCAACACCCCGUCGCAUCCGCCCCCGACGGCUUCGGCGCUCACGCACGGGCGUAUCCGUCAGCCAUGGCGAGGCAGGGAACCACUGGAGCCAUGACCGAAAGCCCCAAAGCGCUCAGCCCGGGAAGCGCUCUUGCCGCCCAGCUUGGCCACGAGGCGGCGCAAGCCAACUCGAGCAACCAACGCUCACCCAGUACCACGGCCCAGAUGGCCCAGGCGUACGGCCGGCGGCAAGAACCUGGUAGCGCUCAAGGCGCCCCUGCAUCCACCGCUAUCGGGUCCGCGCCACCAUCUGGCGGCGUCAACCACCAGGCCGCAACGGGUGCGCACUCUAGAGCAUCCAGCGGCCUGGGCCACAGCCAGAACGGCGGCAGCGGAGACAACUCGGCAAACCUGUUUGCCUCGGGCGACGACGGCCUCUGGGCCUACAUCCACUCGGUGGACGCCAAGUGGGAGGCGAUGAUAAAGCAGCUCCUGGAACGCACGGCCGGCCUCGAGGCUGCCAAGUCAGCCCUGGAAAGUCAGGUUUUGUACCAGGAUACCAAGAUGGCGCAACUCAGCGAGGAAGUGGGCUUCCUCCGCCAGCAGCUGGCCACCUCGCGGAACGAGCCGGCGAUGACCAGCCGUCGCAGCGAACCUGAUACCCAGCAGCUGCACGAUGUCCAACAGCUGCAGUCGCCUCAGCUACAGCUCGAGCCGCCGCAAGCGCAGCCAGCGCAGCCAGUGCAGUCGCCACAGGAGGUGGUAGCAGAAGCGCUCGCCAAAGAAUAACACCUGCCGCCAUGUGCACGUACAUCCCAGGUCAAGAUAUGCCAGGCCAUUUGGGCGUGCCCACGAGAGCCUCCACGAUGUAUUGGCUCACGAGAAAACCAGAUCCACUCCAGACACACGAGACGGGGGACUCGAGGAGAAGGAGGGGAGGCUGCCCCAUCCUUGACAACCAGAGUCUUUGCUUGGCGCUCGCUGUCUGUUUCUAAUGUAAUUCUCCAUGACGAACCGACGGGCAGCAAUGCUUCCGAUUCGCAUCGGUACCUUGACUGCCCCGACAUAUAUUCUAAGACGUAACUGGGGGAAGGGAAGGAAAAAGUGACCAGGGGGUGGUGAGGACCCGACGGAUGGGAACGUUGCUUUGCUAACAUUGCCUAAACAAUCGAACGGGUGGGUCACCCGUUGGGCCGACCUCCACGGGGACAAGAGCAACCAUUCUCGAAGAGAGAAAAAGGAAAAGGACACGGGAAAGAGGAAAAAGAACCAAAAAAAAAGCAGCACAGAUUUUGGUGGCUGGCCAAGACAGCUGUAACAGGCCAGGCUCCGUGCCCGCUCGCCUGUCUACCUAGGCCAGUCCUAGAUCCCUGGAUCUAUCUCCAUUUUUUUUUUUUUUUACCAGCUCAUCUGGCUCGUUUUAAAGCAUUAUUUUUUCACUUGCUGCGCUUCCUUCGUUUCACCAGCCCGUGUGUGCCACGGGGUGUUUGUCCAUCUUGCAUCAGGGAGAGGAAGGGCGGGGAAAAGAAUUAUUGGGAAAGAUAGAGAGAAGCGGCCUCGGAGGUUUUUUGUGCUCGUCAUUUCUUCAACUUCUUUCUCUCUUUUACCUUCUUUUUUUUUUCCCUUUUCCUAGAUGUCGACUCUUUAUGCUUUCAUGACGGCUGCCUGCCUGCGUUCCUUCCCUUGGCUACCAUCGUCCUUGGUCAUUUUUUUCUUGCCUUUCUCUCGCGCUCGCUAACACCUUUGUUUGUUCAAGGGGUGAAUCUGGGCCGAACAAAGUGUAUUAUAUUUACCCAUCACCAGCCGGCAGCACUCACUGCCUCGUUACCCAUCAAGGACGCGCACCUGCUGAUGGCCACUGCCCUUUUUCAUAUUGUGUUGUAGUCUUCUUUGGUGGUAGACUUUAAACCUCCAAG